CCCUCCGCCUCCUCCCCGCCCGGAGCCUGGGUCGCCCGUCCUUCCUUCCCCUCCCGUGCAUGAUGGAAACACCAUGGCUGCGGCUGCCCCGCUCUCCCUGACACAGUUAUCAAGUGGGAAUCCUGUAUAUGAAAAAUACUAUAGACAGGUUGAUACAGGCAAUACUGGAAGGGUAUUGGCUUCAGAUGCUGCUGCUUUCCUGAAAAAAUCAGGGCUUCCAGACUUGAUUCUUGGAAAGAUUUGGGAUUUAGCUGACACAGAUGGGAAAGGUAUCCUGAACAAACAAGAAUUCUUUGUUGCUUUGCGGCUUGUGGCCUGUGCCCAAAAUGGAUUGGAGGUUUCACUGAGUAGCUUGAACUUGGCUGUUCCUCCACCAAGAUUUCAUGAUACCGGUAGUCCUUUGCUAACUAGUGGACCCUCUGCAGUUGAGCUUCCAUGGGCUGUAAAAGCUGAAGAUAAGGCCAAAUAUGAUGCCAUUUUUGACAGUUUAAGCCCCGUGGAUGGAUUUUUGUCUGGUGAUAAAGUGAAACCAGUAUUGCUCAACUCUAAGUUACCUGUGGAAAUCCUUGGGAGAGUUUGGGAGUUAAGUGAUAUUGACCAUGAUGGAAAGCUUGACAGAGAUGAAUUUGCAGUUGCCAUGUUUUUGGUAUACUGCGCACUGGAGAAAGAACCUGUGCCAAUGUCCUUGCCUGCUGCCUUGGUGCCACCUUCUAAGAGACAAACGUGGGUUGUAUCCUCUGCAGAAAAAGCUAAAUAUGAUGAAAUCUUCCUGAAAACUGAUAAAGAUAUGGAUGGAUUUGUGUCUGGAAUGGAGGUCCGUGAAAUAUUCCUGAAAACAGGUUUACCUUCUACUUUACUAGCCCACAUAUGGGCAUUAUGUGACACAAAGGACUGUGGAAAGCUUUCAAAGGAUCAGUUUGCUUUGGCUUUUCACUUAAUCAAUCAAAAGUUAAUAAAGGGCAUUGAUCCUCCUCACAUACUUACUCCUGAGAUGAUUCCACCAUCAGACAGGACCAGUUUACAAAAGAACAUCAUAGGAUCAAGUCCUGUUGCAGAUUUUUCUGCUAUUAAGGAGCUAGAUACCCUUAACAAUGAAAUAGUUGACCUGCAGAGGGAAAAGAAUAAUGUGGAACAGGACCUUAAAGAAAAAGAAGAUACUAUUAAGCAGAGGAGAAGUGAGGUUCAGGAUCUUCAGGAUGAAGUUCAGAGGGAAAAUGUUAAUCUGCAAAAAUUACAGGCCCAGAAGCAGCAAGUACAGGAACUCCUUGAAGAACUAGAUGAACAGAAAGCCCAGCUGGAGGAACAACUCAAGGAAGUCAGAAAGAAAUGUGCAGAGGAGGCCCAGCUGAUCUCUUCUCUGAAAGCUGAAAUAACUAGUCAAGAAUCACAGAUCUCUACUUAUGAAGAAGAACUGGCCAAAGCUAGAGAAGAGCUGAGCCGCCUACAACAAGAAACAGCAGAAUUAGAGGAGAGUGUGGAGUCAGGGAAGGCUCAGCUGGAACCUCUUCAGCAGCACCUACAUGAUUCACAACAGGAAAUCAGUUCAAUGCAAAUGAGACUGAUGGAAAUGAAAGAUCUGGAAAAUCCUAAUAAUCAAUCAAAUUGUUGCAGUAGCCCACACAGCAUUCUUGUAAAUGGUGCUACAGAUUAUUGUAGCCUCAGCACCAGCAGCAGUGAAACAGCCAACCUUAAUGAACAUGCUGAAGGCCAGAGCACCCUAGAGUCUGAGCCCAUACACCAGGAGUCUCCAGCAAGAAGUAGUCCUGAACUACCACCUUCUGAUGUGACUGAUGAAAAUGAAGUACUGACUGUAACUGUUAAUGAGAAAGUUAGUCCUGAAUAUGAUAAUGAUGGACAUUCGAAAGAGGAAGAUCCAUUUAAUGUAGACUCAAGUUCACUGACAGAACCAGCUGCAGAUACAAACUUGGAUUUUUUCCAGUCUGAUCCUUUUGUUGGCAGUGAUCCUUUUAAAGAUGAUCCUUUUGGGAAAAUUGAUCCAUUUGGUGGUGAUCCUUUCAAAGGUUCAGAUCCAUUUGCAUCUGACUGCUUCUUCAAACAAUCUGCUACUGAUCCUUUUGUCACUUCAAGUACUGACCCUUUCAGUGCACUCAACAAUAACAGUAAUACAUCUGGGGAAACAUUGAAGAACAAUGAUCCUUUUGCUCCUGGUGGAACAGUUGUUAUUGCAGCAGCUGAUUCAGCCACAGAUCCUUUUGCUUCUGUUUUUGGAAAUGAAUCCUUUGGAGAAGGAUUUGCUGACUUCAGCACAUUGUCAAAGGUUAACAAUGAAGAUCCUUUUAGUUCAGCCACAUCAAGCUCUGUGAGCAGAGAGAUCAUUCCAAAAAAUGUGUUUGAGGAAACAUCAGUCAAGAGUGAAGAUGUACCCCCAGCACUGCCACCAAAGAUUGGAACUCCAACAAGACCCUGCCCACCACCACCUGGAAAAAGACCCAUCAACAAAUUGGAAUCUUCUGAUCCCUUUAAACUGAAUGAUCCAUUUCAGCCUUUCCAAGGCAAUGAUAGCCCCAAAGAAAAAGAUCCUGAUAUGUAUUCUGAUCCAUUCACUUCUACUACUACCACUACCAAUAAAGAGGCUGACCCAAGCAAUUUUGCUAACUUCAGUGCUUAUCCCUCUGAAGAAGAUAUGAUUGAAUGGGCCAAGAGGGAAAGUGAGAGAGAAGAAGAGCAGAGGCUUGCCCGGCUGAAUCAGCAAGAGCAAGAAGACUUAGAACUGGCUAUUGCACUCAGCAAAUCCGAAAUAUCAGAAGCAUGAAGAAUUCUCUUGUCUUUUGUCAACAACACACUUUUCUUCUUCUUGAAUACUGAAACUAUUUACCAUGUGUAUCAAAACUACCUAUGAGCAUGGGAAUACAAAGGUUUUGAGAAUCCUGUAAAUGUGACAAAAGUCUACUUUUUCUUUCUUCUAUAUUUCACAUCUGUCUUUUAUUUUACUUUUUCCAUCAAAAGCAGUAACCUAAUCAGACAGCUUCACCUAGACCCCUGUUCUGGUGUGCAUUUAUUGUGAGCUUUUGACUGCCUGUGCUACUUUUACUUAUAAAGCUAGAACACCCAACCUUCUACUUUCUGGAACAUAGAGAAAUAGUUUAACCCUAUGCUACCCUUGUUCUAUAGUUAUUCUGAUGAUAGCCAGAAGAUAUCUUAAUGUUUUCAGUAUUUUUCCUGGAUUUAAAUGGUUGGAGGGGAAGGGAAAGAAGAUCCUAUUUCUUUUAUGAUUGGUGCAAAUUGCCCAAAAUACAUUUUUUAUUUCCUUAUAGUAAAAGUGCCGUUUAAUUGGGGUUUUUAAAGAUAAGAAAGACAAUAUGUUUUGCAUUGUUUAACUCCAGUAUUGGAAAGGGGUUGCAUUAGUUUGAACCAUUAUAGCUUGAGACUCACAUUUUCACUAAAUGAAAACAUUAAAGCCACAUAUAUGAAAUACAUUUUUGAAAACAAUUUUCUCUAGACUUAAAGAAUUUUAGAUCAACUGAUACCUCUCUGUAUGUGUGCUAAUUAACAAAAUCAGUUUCUUAUGAGAACAAUUUACAGGGAAAUGUUCAUUUUACAUGCCUGACAGUGGAGAAAAUUUGUCUCUUAAAAUACACCAUCAGUAUGUGUAAGCAGAAAUCUUAACAUGCAGCCCUUAUUCUUGAACUGUGUUCUCUAGCUCAUGAUAAGUUUGUUCUUGAACUUUGCACAAGAAAUUCUAGAAAGCUGGAACUGGAAGGUACUUCAUUUUUUCAUAUAUAUUUGUUUUGUUUUGUUUUCCUUAAUGAAGGCUCAGCUACUUGAAAAAACUUCCACUUAAUAUAAAUGGGGAAAGUGGCAUGUAUUAUAUUGUAUUUUGUGUACCUUGUGGUUUAGUUUCAUCUACUCUCUUCAUGUUUUUCACCUAUAAAAUUGGCAAACUAACAAAAAAAUAUUUUUAAUUGAGGGAUUAUAAAAAGUACUCUGCUUGUAUUAAAACCUCAUUUUCUAUAAAAGUGACCUAGUAGACAAGCUGAAUUUGAAAUAGAGUGAAGGAGGCUGUAAUUUAUAAUCUUUUUUUAACCUGCAUUACUGAUUUAGUGUAUUGAAUAGCAAGACAAAGAAAAAUGCACCUGAAAACUUAACUAAAAUCCUCUGGGAUCACCAAGUGAAAGAAGUAUUGAUAUAUAUUAAUCAGAAUAACUUACUUGGCCUAUAAAUAAAUUCCAAAAUACCUAAUACAUUUCAUCUUGAAAUGGUGCUUUUUUUCUUUCCACACACUAUUGGACAACUGGGGUUUAAAACAAAAUUUAAAUCACUUUCUUGCACUGCUAACUUUUUUCUACUUAUGUAAAUAGAAACAUUUCAGCAUAAAUGUGAUACAUACGAAGCAAGGGCUGAAUAGUAAUCACAAGGCUAUAACUUUGAUAAACUAAUACAGUGAUAUGGAUUUACUGCAAAAGUUGAUUGAGAAGGUAGUAUGGAGAGAUGUGAUGAGUGUGGUUUUUGGGGUUUCUUUUUCCUUCCCCUUUACUCUUCAGGAAAAAGGUAAGUUGACUUGAACAACCUUCUUUUGCACUGGGAAAAAUGAACAAAUGUUUGAAAUGCUUUUAAAAUAUUUUUUAAUUAAAAAAGCACUCUGGAAAAUAGUAAAUAUCUGUAACUUAUAAACACCAACUUCCAAUGUAAUAAUUGUAUCCUAAUCUUAUGUGUGUUUAACUGGAUUAUAUAGAUUCUUAUCAUUUGUUAAAAUAUGCAUACUAAGUGGACCAAUAUAAUAUUAAAGUAUGUAUUAUAUAAAUAUAUCUGUAUCUCCAUGCUGACUGUGCAGGAUGGAUGUGUUAAGUCAUUUGUGGUAUAUUAUGGUGUUGACCCUGGCUCCAGGGCCUGUGCUUGAAAAGAACAAAUAAGUAAUACCAAGAUGUAAGUGACAUUGCUUACAAACUUUUAACUGUCUUCUACAUACUAGUUCAUAGAAUUUUCUCUUAUAUUUCAAACUCCUGUAGUAUAUUUAGGCUAUAAUUAUGAGAGUUAUAAACUUUAUAUAAUAAAGCAUUCUAUCCAUUAUCCAGUUUACAUUGGAUCUUUGCACAGUUCUCUAUGUGUACUAUAUGAGUGAGGAAAGGUAAAUGUACAGUCAGUCUACACUAAUAUGUGUAAAGAAUUUCAGAGAAUAUCUUACAUUGGAUAUACACUCAAUAAAUAUGCACUAUCAUUUUUA